UUUCCCUUCCACCCUUCCUUGGGUUCAAUGUGCUCUUACGCUUUGUUAGUUAGCGUCAACUUAUCUCAUCACUUACAAGAACAAUUACUUGGCAACCCCUCAACACCAAGAAAAUGGGUUCCGUCUCGAAGCUUCCCAAGGAGAUGAAGGCGUUGAGAUACAACAAGCCUGAGGAUUUUGAAAUUGUCAAUGUGCCUCUUCCCGUGUUGCGUGAGGAUGAUGUCCUCGUCAAGGUGAAGGCAUGCGGUGUGUGCGGAACAGACUUGCACAUCCACGAAGGCGAGUUCAUUGCUGAAUUCCCGCUCAUCCCCGGUCAUGAGACCGUGGGCGUCGUGGCCGCCGUCGGCCCCAAAGUUACCAGCUUCAAGGUCGGCGACCGCGUCGCAGCAGACAACUCGGAGCUGUGCAGCCAUUGCUUCUACUGCCGCCGUGGCGAAGGCUUGCUCUGCGAGAACUGGACCGGCCACGGCAUCAACCUGCCGGGCGGUUUCGCCGAGUACUGCGCCUACCCGCAAGCCAAGGUCUUCCAGAUCCACAACCUCAGCGACGUCGAAGCGACCCUGAUCGAGCCGGCAUCCUGCGCCGCCCACGGGCUGGACCGAAUCCGGCCGCGGCUGGGAUCCAGCGUGCUGAUGUUUGGCGCCGGACCAACCGGACUGAUGCUAGCCCAACUCCUCCGCCAAAACGGGGUAACCAACCUGACCAUCGCGGCCCCGGCCGGGCUGAAGAUGGAGCUGGCCAAGCAGCUGGACGCGGCCGACACCUACGUGGAGCUGUCGCGGAGCGACCCGGCGGCGCAGUUUGAGCAGAUCAAGCGCGACAACCCGCACGGGUUCGACAUCGUGGUGGAGGCGACCGGGUCGGUGCGGAUCCUGGAGGACGCCAUCAACUACUGCCGCCGGGGCGGGACGUUGGUUGUUUAUGGUGUGUACGCCAACGCGGCGCGGGUCACCUGGCCGCCGUCCAAGAUCUUUGGGGAUGAGCUGCGGAUUAUUGGAUCGUUUUCCGAAGUUCAUAUGUUCCCACAAACGGUUGAGUACCUCGACUCGGGCAAGAUCAAGACGAAGGGUAUCGUCAACAAGGUGUUCAAGCUCGAGCAGUUUGGCGAGGCACUGGAUAGCAUCCGGAACAAGACGGCCAUCAAGGCGGCGAUUGUGUUUGAGGACUGAUGCGGUCGUGCAUACUUCGUAUGGGACACGCGAAUAUAUGCCCGUCUC